UCCUUAUAUUUCUCCGCUGAGGAGCAAACUAUUAUAAUGCAGAAAUACAAUGAAUUUAAGCACGUUUUACAAGCGCGGAGUAAUACCGUGUCUGCUGCCAAAGCGAGAGAAGACUGUUGGAGAAAGAUUGCGGAUAGCGUUAAUGCAUGCAACCCAAACUCCAAACGUACUUGGCAGCAGAUCAGGACAAAAUAUAAAAAUAUACUUCAAAGUGCAAACAGAAAAAAGUGUGAUGGCCGAAAAACAGGAGGAGGACCACCUCCUCCAGAAUACACUGUGGCAGAGGAGUUGGCUCUAAGUAACAGUGAGGGGCGACCAAUAAUGGAUGGUAUUUCAGGUGCUAGACAGUCUGACCCUGGUGCUGGCUCCUCUAAGCAAGUAACAGUGGUAGAUGGAAACACAGUGGCCCUGCUAAAGCCAUCACACAUACAUGCAGUCUCCCAGACAGAGAGUGUAACAAAUGAGGAGACACUGUCUGCCUGUUCUGAGACUGAAGGCACUGGGCUUGCUGAGGAUUUUUCACAACCUACCGCUGAACCUGAGGCCUCUACCUCAAUGGGAUUCAAAAGGAAUGUGAACAAGGUGGAAACUGACUCAGUCAGGGCCCUUUACAAAAGAAAAAUGGAAAUAGACUGUACACUGAAGGAGCUUGACUGUGAGCUGAGGAGACUCCAAAUAAAAAAAUUAAACUGGAGAUUAAACAGCUUGAAAAACAGAUUUCUGUAUGUACACUAUUAA